CGCCGGCCCUUUAACUGAAUGUGCAGUUCAUAAAACUUACGAUAGGUGACUCUUCGCCUUCUACUUGUACUUCUCUAGUUCAAGGGUAAAGGUCAAGAAGCGUGACUUGAACAAAAUCACAUACAGCCUAAAACUGAACGACUUUAUAACAACAACUAGGCGUUUGCCUGAUCUAUUGAGAAUAGAGUCUUAUCUAUGGCUAUGGAUACACCACAAGCAGAAAUAACGGACGCACAGAGGUUUGAAACUUGGUGCAGUGACGCCAGCCUGUCCGACAGUACCAUCUCUGUACUCAAGAAGGAAGGGUUAGACGACCUAAAGAUUCUUAAGCUACUGCCUGCUUCCGAGAUUAGCGACCUGGGUAUCACAAAGGGCCAGGCACUGCUGCUUAGGACAGCUUUGAAACGGCUCGCUGUUGAAGAUUAUGAUGAAGCUUCUUUCACAUAUAGCGGAUACAGCCCUGGACAAGUGCUCGCAGAUGGAAGUGAACUUCGCAGACGAAACAAACAAGAUGACACGGACGGCACUUCACUACUAGAACUGCCUGCCACCGCGUCCAAACGCAAACAUCAGCUACGAGACCUCAACUCUUUCACGCAACGCAAAACUGUGACGCAAGGCCUCAUGGACAUGGCCAUGAUGUCAGCCAACUGUUCACAGGUUGCUGUGGUAUUGAGAGGCGCAAUGGAAGCCGGGAAGUUUGACGGUUAUCAUAUCUUCCUUCUGAUGCUGCUGUCCCUGUCCAUGGUGUUACAACUGGCCGUCGCCAUUUUGUUAUUCCUCAAGUCACAAGUGAACGUCGAGGAGGCUGAUGACGACGAUGAUGACGAUGAGCCUAACAGUAAUUUGGCCCACAAGUACAACAACUGGGCAAUGUCGCUCACUCUGGUCAUCAUGGCCGACAACGUGCUGAUAUCUAGUCUGGGGAUAAAGUAGUCCGCCCAGAAAACGACUCAACUAUAUAGUCCGAGUAACAUCUGGGACAAUAACAUGACAUUGAAUUAAACAUCUCAAUCUACGAUGUACUCAACAGUUGCGAAAAUUAGAAUGUUCUACGUAAAAAGUUUGAAAAACAGUAGUAAGGUAACUCAUCCGUUUUUCAAAAAUAAGCUAGAUCACUUUUGUGUGUGCGGGUGCACGAGUGUAUUUCCAGAAUAUUUGAACAGGCCGUGGAAAAUACGUAUGUUAAAGUGACGGUAAAAAAACAUUCCUCAGUUACAGCAUUUUACGUACAUACUGUUCUCGACGUGUGUGAGACAACAGAUAUCUAGACCGUCGAAGAUGUUAAGUUUGGAUAAAGAGAUCUUUUGUAACGUAUGAUAAAGCAAUGUAUGCAUUAGGUAUGGCUAAUUAAUCAAUAAUUGGAUACAUUCAGGUACAUGAAUACUCUCUUCUCGCUAUAAACAUUCAUUCAUUUAGACCUUAAAUGUACAGUAAUGGUCGUUCAUUCAUUUAUCCUCCCCUGUAUCCGGAUCCUCUCUCCAACAAUGCCUUAAAUCACAC